AUGGAAAAAAGGCCGAGUGAGAGCUUCAGGCAGUAUACCCAACGGUGGAGGGAGAUGGCAAUGCAGAUCCAACCACCUCUCUUGGAAAAGGAAACAACCAUGCUUUUUAUCAAUACCCUGAAGGCCCCAUUUAUUAACCACAUGUUGGGAAGCGCUACUAAGAGCUUCUCUGAAAUAGUGAUGUCUGGGGAGAUGAUAGAAAACGCGGUAAGAUGUGGGAAAAUUGAAGCGGGAGAAAGUGUCAAAAGAUCGGCUCCAAGAAGGAAAGAAAAUGAGGUGAAUAAUGCAAGCGCAUAUCAUAAAGGUUAUUCCAAGCCAAUCACAGUAAGUCAGUUGAGGGCAGUGACUACUAGUCAUCAGGGCUCUGCGAGUCAAGAUUCCAACCCAAGGUCUAACAUGGAAAGAGUUCAGUUCACGCCAAUCCCUAUGACGUAUAGGGAGCUUUUCCAAAAUCUGUUCGAUGCGCAUGUGGUGUCUCCAUUUUACCUGAAACCCAUGCAACUUCCAUUCUCAAAGUGGUAUGACGCAAACGCGCAAUACGAAUACCAUGCAGGAACUGCAGGACACACAAUUGAGAACUGCACGACCUUUAAAAAAUUAGUCGAAAGGUUCAUAAAGAUAGGCAUUGUGAAGUUCGAUGAUCCUAUAAAACCUAAUGUGGCGGGAAACCCGUUACCCAGUCAUUCAGACGAUGGGGUAAAUGCGAUAGUCGAAAGUGGAGGAAAGAAAACUAAGAUAGAUGUCUCAGAGGUAAAAACUCCAUUGAAAUGGGUUUGGAAGAAGAUGAUGGAAGGAGGUUUGAUCACACAAGAUUCAAAGGAAAGGCCUAAAAAAGCAAGAAGAUACUGCGAGUUUCAUGCCGAUGGAGGUCAUGACAUCCAAGAAUGCAGUAAGUUCAGGUCCAUAGUGCAAAAUCUAAUGGAAAAUAAAGAGAUUAAGUUUUACGAAGAAAUUGAAGGGUCAAAAGAAGAAGAGGUCUACGCCUCAGAAGAAAGAACAACAGAAGAGGUCCAAAGAGUCAAUCACCCCCUGGUGAUAAUUUCGCGACCAAAGAACAAUGAAGCAGGGGUACAAAUGGUGCCAAGAGUCAUAAUUCAGAAACUGGUAUCCUUCUCUUACAAAGAUAGUAAAAUGGUUCCCUGGAAUUAUGACUGCAACGUGAUGAUCCCAGGUGGAGAGAGUUCGGCCAAUGUUUUAAGAGAGAACCAAAAUAUAGGUUUUUAUACACGUAGCGGAAGGCGUUAUGACCCUGCAAGUACAGAAACUGAAACUGUUAAGGAAAAAACCCCAAUAGUCAAGCAAAGAAAGGAAAAACGGUCAGGUUCGAAUUACCAAUCAACGAGCCAGUAA